AUGUCGUUUCAGGAGUUGGUGACAUUUGGGGAUGUAUCUGUAAACUUCACUCAAGAGGAAUGGAAAUGGCUGAACGACGCUCAGAGAGACUUGUACAGGAAGGUGACAUUGGAGAACUAUAGGAGUCUAGUCUCGCUGGGAAUUCCUGUUUACAAGCCAGCUGUGAUCUCAUUACUGGAACAAGGAAAAGACCCCUGGAUGGUGCAGGAGGAGGGAUCAAGUGAUGUGAGCCCUGAUUGGAAUUAUGCAUUUAAAGGCAUUGAAUUUUCAUCAAAGCAAGAUAUUUAUGAAGAAUCAGCCAAAGUCCUACCCAUGGAAAGAAGCCAUCUUAGUUAUAGCCUUGACUGUCCCAAUUUGGAGGAAGACCAUGCAAGUGAAGACCGGGUUAGGAACAAGUUGGGAGCUCAGGAGGUGCACUCUAACCAGCUGCUCAUCAUUCAUAGAGACAUCCCUGAAGGCCAAAGUAGUGGGGGUAAUCCAUCUUGGCAAUCGUUCCAUCAGGACGCAAGACUAGAUAUACCCCAAAGUUUCUCCACCAAAGAAAGAACACAUCGGUGUGAGCCACAAAAGAGAAGUUACCAGAAAAAGUCUGUUGAAAUGAAACAUAAGAAGGUCCAUGUAGAAAAGAAAGUCCUCAAGUGUGAUGAAUGUGAAAAAGUCUUCAACCAGAGUUCAUCCCUUACUCUCCAUCAGAGAAUCCAUACUGGAGAGAAACCCUUCGCAUGUAUUGACUGUGGGAAGGCCUUCAGCCAGAGCGCAAACCUAGCUCAACAUAAGAGAAUCCAUACUGGGGAGAAACCUUACGAAUGUAAAGAAUGUCGGAAGGCCUUCAGCCAGAAUGCACACCUUGCUCAGCAUCAAAGAGUUCACACCGGAGAAAAACCUUAUCAGUGUAAGGAAUGUAAAAAGGCCUUCAGCCAGAUUGCACACUUGACUCAGCAUCAAAGGAUUCAUACCGGAGAGAGACCUUUUGAAUGUAUGGAAUGUGGGAAAGCCUUUAGUAACGGUUCAUUUCUUGCUCAGCAUCAGCGAAUUCAUACAGGGGAGAAGCCUUAUGUGUGUAAUGUGUGUGGGAAAGCAUUUAGUCACCGUGGAUACCUGAUUGUCCAUCAAAGAAUUCAUACUGGAGAGAGACCCUAUGAAUGUAAAGAAUGCAGGAAGUCUUUCAGUCAGUAUGCACACCUUUCUCAACACCAGAGAGUCCAUACUGGAGAAAAACCUUAUGAGUGUAAAGUCUGUAGGAAGGCUUUUAGCCAGAUCGCUUACCUUGAUCAACAUCAGAGGGUUCAUACUGGAGAGAAGCCCUACGAGUGUGCCGAAUGUAGAAAGGCCUUCAGCAACAGUUCAUCACUUGCUCAGCACCAGAGAAGUCACACUGGAGAGAAACCCUAUGUGUGUAAGGAAUGUAGGAAGACAUUUAGCCAGAAUGCAGGCCUGGCUCAACAUCAAAGAAUCCAUACUGGAGAGAAACCGUAUGAAUGUAAUAUUUGUGGGAAAGCCUUUAGUUAUAGUGGAUCUCUUACUCUACAUCAGAGAAUCCAUACUGGAGAGAGGCCAUAUGAAUGUAAAGAUUGCAGGAAAUCCUUCAGGCAACGUGCACACCUUGCUCAUCAUGAGAAGGUCCAUACUAUGGAGGCAUUUUUGUCCCUUCCCUCUCCAUCACCCUCUACAUCCAAUCAUUUGCCAGUAGCUAUAGAUGGGUUUGAUCUCCUAAAUAUGAUCCAAAUCUGACCCAUCAGAAUUAUUUAUAUUUCAUCAUCCUUGUCUUCUACAUGUCAAAUCCGUUUUAUUUGGAAUACUGAAAUGGCUUUCCAGUGUAUUCACCCAUGCCUCUGUCAGUCUUUACACUAAAGCCAAACUUUUGAAAAACAAAUUUGGGUCAUACAUAUCCUUCAUUACUUAAGAUUACUUACUGACAUCUAGAAGUCCAUAGAGAAAAAGCACACAGUCCUUAAAGUAACCUAACAGGCCACCUUGUCCCCAGUACCUUGUUUCAAACUACCUUCU